AUGGCUCCCGCAAAGAAGGGUGGCGAGAAGAUGAGUCCCUGCUCUGCCAUCCAGGAGGUGGUGACCAGGAAGUACACCAUCAGCAUCCACAAGCGAAUGCAUGGAGUGGGUUUCAAGAAGCAUGUUCCCUGGGAGCUCAAAGAAAUUUGGAAGUUUGCCAUGAAGGAGAUGGGGACUCCAGAUGUGUGCAUAGAUAAAAGGCUCAAAAAAGCUGUCUGGGCCAAAGAAAUAAGGAAUGUUCCAUAUUACAUCCGAGUUCGUUUGUCCAGAAAACGUAAUGAACAUGAGGAUUCAACAAACAAGCUCUACACGUUGGUAACUUAUGUGCCGGUAACCACAUUCAAAAAUCUACAGAUGGUCAAUGUGAAUGAGAACUAA